UUCUCUAUACAGUUAGACACCAAACGAGGUCUUCGGGCCUUUGCCUUGAACGUAAGGACAUUUAAAUAUUAUUUUUCGAUAUAUAAAGGUAUUUCUGUUGAUUUCAAAAACAGUUGUAGGAUUUCGGCCGUAUAGUCCGUUGUAAUUUUUUUCAAAUGACAAGCACUGUGAACACGUGAUAUACCUAGGUGAUUUCGGAAUAGAAAGCCCACAAGCCUAUGUACGAACAAGCAGCCUGCUUAUUGCUGAAUUUUCCUGUUUGCGAUUCAGGAGAAAUUAUCACCGGAAAAGCCGAUGCAAGAACAUCUCGGAAACUCCUCGGCUUUUUUUACACACCUGCUAUAAAAGUACCAUGGGGAAUUCAACUGAAAUACUGUUUAUUCUACAAGGACUGCACGAGACAGUGUCAAGUAAACACACAUACUUUAUCCUCAUUCUUCUUGUUUACAUUUUUACUGUUUUAGCGAACCUGACUUUGAUUGGGACAGUUGUUUUGGAGAAAACGCUCCAUGAGCCCAUGCUUAUAUUCGUGUGUAACUUGUGUGUAAAUGGUAUACUUGGUGCUUCCAUAUUUUAUCCUAAAAUAUUGGUGGACCUUUCAUCUGACUUCAGUGUUAUUUCGUAUGAAGCUUGUCUGUGUCAAAUUUUUUUCUUAUACAGCUACGUAUUCUGCGAAUAUACUACGUUAUCAAUAAUGUCUUAUGACAGGUAUAUCGCAAUAUGCAAGCCGCUGAAUUACCACUCCAUCAUCACGCCUCGGAAGGUGAUGCAAUUGUUGCUUCUCACCUGGCUUUCAUCCAUCUGUGAAUCAGUUGUUCUGGCGGCCCUGGUAGCCAGACUGCCCCUCUGUGGAUUCAAAAUCGAAAAGAUUUACUGCACAUCUUGGGCCGUGGUAAAGCUGUCAUGCGUGGACACCACAAUCAACAAUAUAUACGGACAGGUGCAGCCACCUCAAGACCAGAUGAGGUAAUCAGCGGAAAAUUUUGAUUGAAGAUCACAGUGGAGAGAAGUUAUUGGUGGACACAUUCUAUGAGCGUGCCCAAUGUGUCAGGAUUCUGAUUGUUGCCUGUGAAAG